AUGGUCAUUGCAGGAUCAGAGGCCACUACAUUUCAAUCUGAAUGCCGGGACAGAUACCGGUGGAUGGCGCCCGAGAAGUUUGGUAUUCAAGACGAAGAGGGGGGGGAGCAGCUAACCAAGACUGCCGAAGUAUACUCAUAUGGUUGUAUUAUGAUUAUGCUAUUUUCUGGGCACAGACCGUAUCAUAGCAAACAGGACUCCAAUGACAUCAUCCUAGCAGGGCUCGACAGAAAAGAACCUUUCGAGCAAUUCGGUGGUCUAGACGAUGACCCUAAGCUCAAGGAGCUCGCACAACAAUGCUUGUUGAGGAGUGGCGAACGCCCGCCAUUGUCUCGCAUUAUAGAUUUACUCACGCGCAGGAUAAAUGUCUCAAAUGCGAUGAAUCUGUUGUUGUUGGAACUCCAGCCCUCUCGACCUAUGACAGCGAUGGUCGGGGGCAGCAUCAGUGGGACUUUGAGAUACAACUGGUUGCAUGGGUCGGACGCCACCGUGGUUGCAGUCAAGACUUUGGAUGUUGGCGAUCUGAAUGACAUUAAUAUUGACAAGACGUGCGACAUGAUUCGUCGCGAGGUCAAUGUUCGGGAAAGGUUGAAGCACGAGACCAUCCUUGAUCUCUAUGGAAUGACGACGGGUUUCGGAGUUCUUCCCUCCUUCGUGUAUCCAUGGAUGGCGCAUGGAUCAUUGCACGACUAUCUGAAACGAGAGUUCUCCACAUUGUCUCCACUUCAGAAGUUCGAUAUUCUGUAUCAGGUGGCCGACGGGAUCAAAUAUUUGCACAAGAACAAUAUUGCACAUGGCAAUUUGACGGGUGACAACGUGCUUCUGGAUGAUGCGGCGCGUGUACGCAUUGCAGACUUCAGUCGCUCCGUGAUUCUUGGCGACACUGGAGUUUUGAAAUCGAGCAAACAACUCCCUGGAGCUGCGAGAUACGUCUCACCAGAGUCGGUUGUUCGUGACGAGCAGACAGGACCGCCACAACCAACCAAAUCCCAAGACGUAUACUCUUAUGGCUGCAUCACAAUUCUUGUAUUGUCAGGAAAGGUACCUUAUUGGUGGAUUUCUGAAGAGAGUGAAGUCCUUUCGGAAAAAGUGAAGGGCACAGAACCGUUUCUUACAAGCGUGGAGAUUGAUCGGGUGCACCUGGAUUUGGUGCGACGCUGCCUUUCAAUGUUGAUCGAAUCCCGUCCUUGCAUAGAGAAGGUUCUCUGCUCAGUCUUAGUCCAGCGUUCCGGCGCUCUUGAUCUGACGAGCUUGGUCCAACGGCUCAACGAGGCGCACCAGGCCUCUGGAGGAUUUUCAAAUGUUCACAUGUGCACCCUCCAUGCUUCGAUGUCGAAUGCAGUUCAUGUCGCAGUCAAGGAGAUGAGGCUGGGAGUUGAUGCGAACAUGUCGACGAUCAUCAACCGAUUGUUCCGAGAGAUUAAGAUAUGGAUGCGACUUGAACACGAGAACAUUGUUCCUUUUUUGGGAGUUACAGAAGGCUUUGGCUCACUCCCAGCGCUUGUCUCCCCAUGGUUUAAAAAUGGCGUUCUGACGGAAUACCUUCAACGCGAGCACGAGACACUGUCUUACAGCCAAAAAUUUGCACUGCUCAGGGAUGUAGCUCGUGGGCUUCAAUAUCUCCACUCGCAGUCAACCAUUCACGGAGACCCGACCGGUAAUAAUAUUCUCGUUGACCAAAACGGAAAAGCAAGCCUCACCGAUUUUGGUCUCUCCUCAUUCCUUCCUGGUCCAACAAGUGAAGCAUUACCAUUAUUUCCCACCAAUCCUACGGGUGUUAUGGCCUACCUAGCUCCUGAAUACUUGGUAUCUGACGACGACGGCAACCCACCAUUGGUACGUUCCACAGCAAGCGAUGUGUACGCUUUCGGGGGAAUAAUGCUCCUGACCUUGGAGGGCAGGGACCCAUACCACUACAUCAAAAACCAAAUAACUAUAAUGAUGCAAAGGAUGAAAGGAAUCACGCCCAAGAGGCCCUCUAAAUCUGUCAUAGGCGAUGCUGAAUGGGAUUUCAUCCAGAGGUGUUGGUUGAAAGACAUGGAUGGACGGCCGUUGGACUCAGAAAUCCUCACAUUUGUAGAAAGACGGGCUGGCUAGUCAUUUAAUACUAAUUCCAACGCAUGUAGGUAGGGCUUUGACAAGCCGCGUUAUAGUCGCAGACGACAUUAUAUUACACAUCCCACCGGUAUCGUGCAGGAUCAAACUAC